AUGAUCAAGGCAAUCGCAAACCGCUUUGUUGAAUCCCUCAUCGCCCUGCUUUUGAUGAGUGUCGUCAUCUUCCUGCUCAGCCGGCUGACGGGCGAUCCUGUGGCGCUGAUGCUCGGUGACGGGGCGACCGAGGCCGACCGACAGGCGUUGAUCGCCGAACUGGGUCUGGAUCAGUCGCUUCCCGUUCAAUAUUUCACGUUUAUCGGCAAUGCGCUGACCGGCAAUUUCGGCCAGUCACUCACGGCCAGCGCCGAUCCGGCGCUUGAACUUGUGCUGUCGCGCUUGCCCGCUUCGCUUAGCCUCGCGGGGGUCGCCCUCGCGUUCACGCUGGUCGUCGGCAUCAUCUUCGGGGUGUUUGCCGCGGUGGCGCACAACUCGCCAAUCGACGUUCUGGCGCGCCUGAUCGCGCUGAUCGGGCAAUCGAUACCCAGUUUCUGGCUGGGGAUCGUUUUGAUGUAUGUGUUCGCCGUGCAAUUGCGCUGGCUGCCCACCUCGGGCUAUGGCGAACCUGUCCACUAUGUCCUGCCCGCCGCCACGCUCGGCCUGUUCACCCUUGCCGCGAUCACGCGGCUGGUGCGCGCCAGCAUGCUCGAGGCUCUGGGCAGUGAAUAUAUCAAGCUUGCGCGGGUAAAGGGGCUCUCGGAAACCGUCGUCGUCUGGAAGCACGCGCUGGCCAACAGCCUGAUCCCCGUCAUUACUUUCAUGGGCACGUUCUUCGCCGUGAUGAUCACCGGCGCCGUUGUGGUCGAGACCGUGUUCGCAUGGCCCGGCAUCGGGCGGCUGGCCUAUGAAUCGAUUCUGGCGCGCGAUUUCCCCGUGGUCCAGACAGUGGUUCUGGUGAUCACCGCGCUGUUCAUUCUCGCCAAUCUCGCCGUCGACAUUCUCUAUGUCAUCGUCGACCCCCGUAUGCGGAGCCGUGGCUGA